UUUUUCGACUGGAACAAUUAGAACCUGCUUAUAAUGAAGAUGAACAAAAGUUGACUGAGUAAAUAUUUUUAAUGUUCUAAUAGAACCACAUUUUAUACCUAACCCUCUCGUAGGUUGUGCUUUUAUUAGGGAGUGGUGUACUUCUAUUAGAGAGCGAUUUUUAAGAACAUUUACGGGAAAUUAAUGAGGGAACACGACAAAAUUUUAAAAAUAACCCAUAAUUAUUUAAUGUUGAGUCAGUUAGAAGGUCAAGGUUUUUGAAGGAAAAUGAGUGGCACAUAGUCAAGGAGCCUCAGUUCUCCUCGAAAGCCUUGCUCCAAUCCACAAUCCAAUUCUAAAGCUUUAAUAAAGAGAUCGCAAGAGACGUCACAUUGGCAGCGGAUUCGGAGAUGGAGGUGGAGAUGGUGGAGGCGGUUGUGGUUGCAGGGAGUCUGGUCUCACUUGUGGUUGCGGUUGUUGUGUAUCUCCAACGAAGAAACGUCCCAAACCAAGAAAUUAUUGGCGUAGACCUUAUGUUAGAAGACACUAUUGGAGGCCACAUUACAGAAGUAGAAGGCCUUAUUAUAGGAGUAGAAGACCUUACUGGUGGAAGAGAAGAUAUUUGGUUAUUGAAUACUAAAGAAUAUAUAAAUUUUUAUCAAUUUGAACUAAUUAAAUUAAAAAUUAUUUCCUUUUAA